AUGGCAGCCGCAAACCCGGUCUGGAAUCUGUGUGAGGAAGCAACUUGUUCAGUUUGCCUGGAGUACUUCAAAGAUCCAGUGAUCACAGACUGUGGGCACAUUUUCUGCAAAACGUGCCUUGCGCAGUGUACAUCUUGCCCUCAAUGCAGAGAGCCCUGCCAACAAAGGAACAUCAGGCCAAUCCGACAACUGGUAAAUAUUGUUGAAAUUGCCAAGAAAUUCAGUCUUCAGACUGUCAGAGGGGCUGAAGUAUUGGAGGAAGUGUGCCAACAACACCAGGAGCCUUUGAAACUAUUCUGUGAAGAUGAUCAAAUCCUAAUCUGUGUGGUAUGUGACAAAUCCAAAGAACACAGGCAACACAAAGUGAUUCCCAAGAAGGAGGCUUUUGAAGAAUAUAAGAAUAAAAUUUGGGAUCAUCUGAAAAUUCUGAAGAAAGAAAGAGACGACAUUUUUACUUAUAAACAGAGCGUGGAGACUGAAAUGCGGAGACUGUUGGAAAACAUUGAAACAGAAAGAACAAAAAUAGUGACCGAAUUUAAGCAACUGCGUGAAUCCCUAAACAAAAAAGAACAGGACUUGCUGACUCAGUUGCAAGAUCUGAAUAAAGAGAUUCGAAACAUCAGUAAUGAAAAGACUGCCAGACUUUCUGAGAAAAUUUCCUCUAUGGAGACAGAUAUCAAGAAGAUGGAAGAAAAACAUAACCAGCCAGAAAAUGAAUUGUUGCAGGACAUCAAAGGAUCCUUGAAAAGGUGUAAGAAGGAAAAAAUUGAGGUGCCUCGAGCUUUAUUUCUUCGUCAGUGGAAAUGUAUUGAACGUUUUGGUAAAAUCCAUAAUAGGAUGCAAACUGACAUCAAUACAUUCAAAGCCACUAUAUUUUCACUGACUCCAGACAUUCCAAAAGCAGAGAAAAUCAGCAAUAUCUGCAAGGACAUGAAAAUUCCCUCACUAGUCGUGGAGUAUUUUCCAGGAAUCUGUGCACAAGACCCAUUUAGAGACUCAUUUAUAGAUCAAUUUAGAGGCGCAAUUAGAGGCGCAAUUAGAGACCAAUUCGGAGACCAAUUCGGAGAAAUGCAUGCCUUUAACCUUACUGAAAAUUUCACGUUGUCUUGCUUUUCUUAUACUAUGGGGUUUGAAAAAAUAACCUCAGGGUGUCAUUCCUGGGAGGUAGAAAUGGAGAAUGCAACAUUCUGGGCUGUAGGGGUGGCCAAAGAGUCCUUAAGGAAUAGCCAUGAUCAAAGGGUGCAAGAAGGGAACUUGUUUCAUGGUGCGCAAGGGAAUCUAAGUGUGAAAUCUGGGAACUUGUUUCAAGCUGUUCAAGGGAACCAAAGUGUGAAAUUUGGGAACUUGUUUCAAGGUGUGCAAGGGAAUCAAAGUAUGAAAUCUGGGAACUUGUUUCAAGGUGUGCAAGGGAACCAAAGUGUGAAAUUUGGGAACUUGUUUCAAGGUGUGCAAGGGAACCAAAGUGUGAAAGGAAGGAACUUGUUUCAAGGUGUGCCAGGGAACCAGUAUUGUCAAAGUGUGACAGGAGAGAGCUGUUUUCAAGGUGUACAAGGGAACCUGUAUGAUCAAAGUGUGAAAGAAGGGAACUGGGCUAUAUGCCUUGUUUCUGAAAAUGGUUCAUAUAAAUGGACUGCAUUCACUUCUCCUGAACUAUCUCGAGGACCAUAUCCCUUUAAAAAUACAAAACUCCUACCUGUCUUUUACAGAAAUCCUGAUUUGAACAAGGAUAGAAAAAAGAAUAUCCGUGUGAUCCUGGACUAUGAGAAAGGUUCAGUGAUCUUUAAAGAUCAGUCUAAUACGAUUUAUUCUUUCAACAAUGCUCCAUUUUCUGGAGAGCCAAUCUCCUCCUGGGUCAGUGUGGGAAAAUGAGAUGAUAUUGGUGAAAAAGCAGCAAACCCUAAUUUGGAUUUUUGCCAAGCUCCUAUGAAGUGGGGUAGGGUAGUGAAGUUUCACUCUGUUUCUGCUCAUUGUUCCCAAAAUAACUUUUCCCCGUCUGUUUUCUCCUCGAUUCCAUCCACAAGUCUCUCCAAGAGAAUAUGGCAACUUUUUCAUGGUCACAUCAAGGUGCUGCUUUUCUGGCUGAACUUAUUUCCCAAAAAAGCCAUAGUUCCUCUAGAAAGAGGACUGAGAUAUGACCCACUUCAAAUGUCGUUGUUUGUAGCCUGCUAAGAAACAGAAGUUAAAUGACACUGUAACAAUCUGUUCAAGUACAAACUGGUUAAACGUGCUGAUUAAUUUGAGUUGGGCAAAUGCUAUAAUAUAUGCCAGAAUUAUAUGGUAUUAUAUUAUAUGCUAAUGAACAUCUGUGAAGUAACUCAGUAGCUGAGAUAGAGAAAUCAACUAUCCUGAUUAAGGAGAAAAUUUUAAGUAACUUUUUAGAAAGGUUGGGCCCUAUUCAUCAUUUUCCACAACUACAUUAAGGUCAUUGAUCAACUGGGAGAUUCAUGAAUUAGGACAAGUGUGGUUACAUUUUUGGCUAUAGAGGAUAAAUGAAAAAGAGAUAAUAAACAUCAAGCAGGGAGUGGGAAGUUUGUGGUGAUUUCUAAUAGCUGUGGAUAUAUUUAGUUCUGUAGUUUUGGUAGCUUUAGAUAUCUAAAAUGCUUGUUUCUGUGUUUAUUCUGUCUCUUCCUUGAAUAUUUUUUUUUAAAAAG